AUGCCAUCAACGCCGUGGACCAAGCCCGACACAAUUACCCGCCCAAUUGCCGUCAUUGGCGCCGGCGUGAUGGGCCGCCGAAUCUCCAUGAUGUGGAUCUCUGCAGGAUUCAAGAUAACCAACCCUAUGCGAGAAAUAUUUGGAGAGCGACAGUGUGGUAGAAUAAAUCAUGGCAAACCAAAAAGAGCAAGCCUUCAAGCUCGGCACCGAAACCGCAGAGUUGAAAGUCACCGAUUCCAUGAGGAAGCCGUCGGAAAUGCGUGGAUACUCAUCGAAGCCGUGCCUGAAAAGCUACAGAUGAAGAUAGGGGUCCUGGCUGAGAUCGAUCAAAUCGCUCCACCGGAUUGUGUGAUUACCAGCGACUCGUCGUCGCUGCCGACCAGCCAGGUUAUCGUCACAACGAAGAACAACUACCGCAUCUGCAACGGCCACUAUUACAUGCCGCCUGAGCAGAUCUACUACGAGGCCAUAUCGUGUGGCGAGAUGGACCCGGAUAUCUUUCCCUAUUUGAUGGGGAAGGCUAAGAUUGCGGGUUUCAAGCCUGUGCAUGCCAAGCGAGAGGUUUUGCUUGUUCUCGCUGAAGGUGUGAGCGAUGGCCAUACUGUUGAUGAGAUGUUCAAAGGUUGGGUCAAGGUAGGCAAAGGUCCUUUUCAGAUGAUGGAUACUGUUGGCCUGGAUACUGUGCACAUUAUUGAAGUCGUGUAUACCGAGCAGCUUGAUUUGAAUAACACUACUAGGGACUGGUUGAAAGAGACUUAUGUCGAUAAGGGCAACCUGGGAGCCAAAUCUGGAAAGGGGCUACUGGGAUAG